AUGCCAAUACCAUUAGGUAAAGGCAAAUCUACAACUACCAUUGGUAUAGAACAAGCAUUGGGUAUGUACUUAAGAAAGCUUUCAUUCGUAUGUAUUAGGCAACCUUCACAAGGACCAACAUUUGGCAUCAAAGAAGAAGCAGCUAGUGGUGGAUAUGCUCAAGUCAUACCAAUGGACAAAUUUAAUUUACAUUUAACAAGAGAUAUAUAUGCUGUUACCACUGAAAAAGAUCAAACAUAUUUGACAAG